GAGACCAAGAGAGAGAGGAUAAAAAAAAAGUAAAAACAUCUCUAAUAUAUCGUGUAUAAAAAUAUUAUUAAAAAUCUUUGUGUUAAUUAAAAUUAGUGUCAGUAAUAACAACAACUCAACAAUAACAUCAACGACUAAAACAAUAUCAUCAUGAGAAUAUGGACAAAUGAACACACAUUCAACCAUCCUUGGGAAACAGUUGCACAAGCUGCACUACGUAAAUAUCCAAAUCCAAUGAAUUCAGCAGUUCUUGGUGCUGAUGUUAUUGAUCGACAAGUUGUCAAUGGUGUUUUACAUACGCACAGGCUUGUUGUCAGUGAAUUUAAAUUUCCAAGUUGGACACAUGCUAUAAUUGGACAUGCUAAUGUAUGCUAUGCAAGUGAACACAGUGAAGUUGAUCCUGUCAAAAAAGCUAUGCUUUUAAAAACGAGAAAUUUGACAUUUUGUAAAUAUAUUUCUGUCGAUGAAACACUGAAAUACGUACCUCAUCCAACAGACAAAACGAAAACUGUAUUAAAGCAAGAAGCAAUUGUCAUGUGUCGUGGAGUACCUUUGGCAUCUUACAUGGAGGAUUUGUUAACUAAGAAAAUAUCUUUCAAUGCUGGAACGGGAAGACAAGCUGUUGAAUGGGUUAUUAAUCUUGAUAAAGAAGUUAAAGAAUUAGCAAAUAGUGCUGCUAAAUCAAUAGAUGAAUCAUUCACACAAACAAAACGUCAAUUUGAUGAUAUUACAACAAAAACACGUCGUGGAAUGGAUGACUUACAGCAUGCUGCACAAAAAUCACUUGAUGAAAUUCACACAUUAACUACACCACCAUCACCACAAUCAAUGCCAAAACUAUAGCUAAGAUUGCGAACUAGUUUUAAUCUAUUCAAUUAAAUUACAAAUGAUUUUCACUGGCUCAUUAAACUUAACUAAAAUAAAUAUAAAACAAGAGCUAUAUUCAGUGAACAUCAAUUAUCAAAAUGACUAAAAAAAAAACAAAUUUUUUCUUUUGAUAAAAUGUCAUUUAAUUUGUGUAAAUAAAUAGUAGUCAAAUGAUGAUUUUCGAAAAACAUUUCUUUAUUGACUACUAAAUAUAAAUUGAAUAAAAUCAAAUUAUUUUUCUUUUUUUUUUUUCAAACAAAAUCUUAUUUUGGGCUAAAAAUUUUCUUUUUUUUUUUUUUCUGUUAACUUGGUUAUAAUAAAAAAUAAAGAUAUUAUUAUUUUAUGUAAAUAUCAUAGUUGAAUUUAUUUAAUUAAAAUAUAAACGAAGAAAAAAUUUUACAUGAAAUCAUACUUAAAUAUUAUUUUCAUCAAAAACUUGCUAAAUAAAAUGAAAGAAAAAAAAAAAAAACAACCAACUUACACUAAAAAAUAAUUAAUUAAUUUGUUAACAAAACAUAAAUAAAUAAAUGAAAAAAUUAAUAAUUAUUUUCACAAUAUUGAAUUGUAAAAAACACAAAAUAAAAGUCUUUUAAUUUAAAAAUUAUAAUUUAAUUGAAAGACAAAGUUAAGGGUAUCAUUUGACUGAUAAAUAAUUAAACAAGUAUUUUCAUCACAGCUACUUUAUAUUGACCUUAAUAUAAUCAAUAAAUAUAUUGUACAAAAUACUGUAUAAUAAUUUAAUCACCGUCAAUUGUAUUUUGUAUUAAAUUUUAAAAUACACAAGGCAGCUUUUAACAAAGUGAACAAUGUUAUUUCAGUGUGGAUAUAUGUUGAAUGAAAACAAGUUUUCAUAUGUAUAGAAUUCGCGAUAUACUAUAAUAUAUAGAAAUAGUCUCUUCAUUGCUCUCCAGUAAAGUGAAUUGAAGGACCAGGCUUAUUCGAUUGGUCAGAAAUUCAGUGUGUAUAUGUGUAUAUUUUGGAUCAAAGCAGUAUUGGAUGCUUUGUUGAGACACAGUCAAUAACAACUUUCCACCGAUAAAUUGAAUUACCCUACUCAAACUAUCCAGAGGAUUUUAUUUAUAACAUCACGUAUGUCUUUUUUUUAAACUACAUUUUAUUAUAUCUUUUUUUUUUUUAAUUAAGUUUAUUAUUUUGUGGCUUUUUUUCUUUUCUUAGACACCUGUAAAAAUUAAUAAUUUUAUAUUUUUAUCUGAAAGUAAUUUGAGUUUAAGUGUCUAUUUUAUUUUUUUUUUUAUCUUUUAAAUUUGUUAUCAGUUUACAGUUUUUCAUCUAUACAAAUUAAUUUUUUAAAUUUAUUUAAUUUCAUAUUUAUUUAUUUUAAAUUUGUUAUUAAUUUAAUUUAAUUUUCAUUUAUUUUAAACGUUAAAAAUAUUUUUUUAAUUUAUUAUUUUAUCAAGUUGUUAAUUUAAUUUUUAAUGUACAAUUAAUUCAAAUUUAUUUUUCAAUUAGAAAAUAAAUUUAUCUGUUGAUAUUAUUAAUGAAAUUCGUUGACAAUUUUCUUUUCAUUUGCAAGUAGACAUCUGUCAAUAAUAUUUUAAAAAAAUAAAUAUUUUUUUCUUCAAGAUAUUCAGCCAUUAAUAUUUAAAUUAAAAAAAAAAAUUUCCAUAAAUUAUUUAUUUAAAUGAACAAUUAAAUGUCAAUCGAUAAAAAUCAGUAAUUUUCCUUUGCAAAAGACAGAUACAGUGUAAAUUAUUUUAUCUAAUGGCAUUUUGCCAUUUUUUUCUUUGUAAAUUUAUUUUAAAAAAAUCUUAAAAAAGUAUUUUUUGAUUUAUUUAUUUAUCAAGAUAAAAUUUCAUCACUGAAUAUUC